GUUUCCUGUACUACGCGUCUGGUAACGCAGCGCCCAGGGUCUGGUUCCGCUAUGCGGAUCACCGGGAAGACAUUCCGCCGGCGCCGGGCUGACUCAGAGUCCGAGGAGGAUGAACAAGAAUCAGAGGAGGUUCGGCUAAAACUGGAAGAAACCCGAGAGGUGCAGAACUUGCGGAAGAGGCCAAAUGGGGUGAGUGCGGCUGCCCUGCUGGUGGGAGAGAAGGUUCAAGAGGAGACUACUCUAGUGGAUGACCCUUUCCAAAUGGCCACAGGUGGCAUGGUGGACAUGAAGAAACUGAAGGAGCGGGGCAAAGACAAGGUCAGCGAAGAGGAGGAUCUGCACCUGGGGACAUCAUUUUCUGCAGAGACCAACCGGAGGGAUGAGGAUGCAGACAUGAUGAAGUACAUUGAGACGGAGCUGAAGAAGAGGAAGGGGAUUGUAGAGCAAGAGGAACAGAAGGCCAAGCCCAAGAAUGCUGAGGACUGCCUCUAUGAGCUGCCAGAGAAUAUCCGAGUCUCCUCGGCCAAGAAGACUGAGGAGAUGCUAUCCAACCAGAUGCUGAGUGGCAUCCCUGAGGUGGACCUGGGCAUAGACGCUAAAAUAAAAAACAUCAUUUCCACGGAGGACGCCAAGGCCCGGCUGCUGGCAGAGCAGCAGAACAAGAAGAAGGAUAGUGAGACAUCUUUUGUGCCCACCAACAUGGCUGUGAACUAUGUGCAGCACAACCGCUUUUACCACGAGGAGCUCAAUGCACCCAUCCGAAGAAACAAAGAAGAACCCAAAGCCCGGCCCUUGCGAGUGGGUGACACAGAGAAGCCGGAGCCUGAGCGGUCCCCUCCCAACCGCAAGCGUCCUGCUAAUGAGAAGGCCACGGAUGACUACCACUAUGAGAAGUUCAAGAAGAUGAACAGGCGCUACUAAGGCAGCGGCAGGGGCUGGUAAUGAUGGGCAUGCAUGGGUGUGUGCAAGUGCACACACACACACAUACACAUACACACACACACACACAUACACACACAUACAUACACACACAGACACACAUACACACACGUAUACACACAGACAUACACACACACAGACAUACACACACAUACACACACACACACACACACACGCACACACACACACACGCGUCCUCUUGCAUAGAACCUGCUUAUUAGCUCUUGGAGUUCCCCAUCACACAGUGCUUCUGCUCAGCUACUAGAUUUCUGUCCUGGUUUUGGUUGGAGACUGUGGCUCCCUAUGUGUCUUAGGACAUGAACUCCCUCCUCCUCCCUACUACUGGGAUUUUAGAGUCCCCCCACUCCUGGCUGGCAUUUUCAAGCACUAACUUUGUAACUUCUGAAAGAAAACAAUGUGUCUAUGUCUAUAUUGUUUCCUACCUGGGGCAAACUAUCCCCAAGAAUGUUAUUAAAUUGCUUGUAAAUAUGUCA